AUGAACUGUCAAAAAAAGUUUGAAGUGGAGGUUCUUACAAGGGAAGAAGCAUGGGAAUUGUUCAAGGAAAUGCUUGGGACUAAUGUUGUAUUUUCUCCCGAAGUAGAACAGAUUGCAAAGCUUGUAAUUGAAGAAUGUGGUGGUUUGCCGCUUGGAAUAAUCACAAUAGCAAGUGCAAUGAGAGAAAAAGACGACGUUAGAGAAUGGAGAAAUGCAUUAGAGGAGUUAAAAUGCUCAACGAUGGAGAUUGAAGGCAUGGAUGAUCAGCCUUUUCCAAUUUUAAAAUUUAGUUAUGAUCGACUAAAAUCUGAGAGGAUUCAAUCUUGCUUCUUGUAUUGUGCUUUGUAUCCAGAGGACUAUGCAUUCGAUGAUGAAGAGCUGGUGAAGUAUUGGAUAGCAGAAGGAUUGAUAGAGGAUAUGGGAUAUUGGGAAAAGGAACAAGACAAAGGCCGCAUAAUAUUGAAUGGACUAAUAGAUGUAUGUAUGUUGGUAAGGAAGUUUGUAGAUAGUAUAGUAAUGCAUGAUUUAAUCAGAGAUUUGGCCAUCGAAAUUACAAGGAAGAGGCCUCGGUUUGUGGUCAAAGCUAGGAUAGGGAUAAGGGGAUCAAUUGGUGUACAAGAAUUUAUUGAAGAGGUUGAAAAAAUCUCAUUAAUGAGAAAUCAAAUUGAAAUGAUUUCAGGUGAACCUAACUGCCCAAAACUCUCCACAUUGUUGUUGCAGGAGAACCCUCUCUCAGGUAACAUUUCUCAUAAGUUCUUCAAUCACAUGAACGGCCUCAGAGUUCUUGACCUUUCUAAGACUGGUAUUGAGUAUCUGCCAGAAUCAGUUUCCAACUUGGAGAACCUGCAUAUUAACGCAGGGGAGGACGUGAGCUGUGAGAGGUUAAGGGAGGUGCCGUCCUUAGCAAAGCUGAAGCGUCUAAGGUUUUUGAACCUAAAUGACACUGGCAUCAAAGAAGUGCCAGAUGGGAUGGAAUGUUUGGUUAACCUCAAAGAGUUUUAUGUUUCAUCUGCUGAAGAGACAAAUAAGAUAAAUGCUGGUGGUUGCAAUUCCUUAAUGCUUACUGAUAGUAUUAUCAAUCUGAAAAUGGAGAGAUGCGAUCUGUCAAGCUUACACUGCCUGUCUCGCUUGCAACACUUGCAGUCAUGUGACAUCUUGGAGUGUAGCAUGAAGUGGUUGUUGCCGAUAGGAGACAACAGCACCAUAAUUCCGUCUUUACCCUCAAGACUGUCUGGAUCUAAUGGAUCUUCCGAAUUUAAGGGGUCUGUGUGA